AUAUUCCAAAAAUGUCUAUUCCAAAACCAGAUGGUAACACCUUAAGAUUAGGUUCAACAGCACCAAACUUCCAAGCUGACACUUCAAAUGGUCCAAUUGACUUUUAUGACUUUGCUGGUGAUAACUGGGUUGUCUUAUUCUCACAUCCAGAUGAUUUCACUCCAGUCUGUACCACUGAAUUAGGUGCUUUUGCUAAAUUACAACCAGAAUUUGAAAAGAGAGGUGUCAAAUUAAUUGGUUUAUCAGCUAACGGUACUGAAUCUCAUAAAUCAUGGAUCAAAGAUAUUGAUGAAAUCACCGGUUCAAACUUGAAAUUCCCAAUCAUUGCUGAUCCAAAAAGAGAAAUUGCUUAUAAAUAUGAUAUGAUUGAUUAUCAAGAUGCCACCAAUGUUGAUAACAAAGGUGUUCAAUUCACUAUCAGAUCAGUUUUCAUCAUUGAUCCAAAAAAAUCUAUCCGUUUAAUUCUUUCAUACCCAGCUUCAACUGGUAGAAACACUGCUGAAGUUUUAAGAGUUGUUGACUCUUUACAAUUAGGUGACAAAAACAGAAUUACUACUCCAAUCAACUGGGUUCCAGGUGAUGAUGUUAUUGUUCAUCCAUCAGUUUCAAAUGAUGAAGCUAAGACUUUGUUCCCUAAAUUCAGAAUUGUCAAACCAUACUUACGUUUGACCCCAUUAGCUGUUGAUCAAAAAUAACUAGCCGGCUUUAAAUUAUAGUCAAAAUAUACACUGGUUGUAUUGACGUCGGCUUUUUAUAGGUCCAAAAUUCAAAAGUUUAAUGACAUUGAUGUUGUUCAGGUACAUAGAGUUAAUAAUGAUGUGGUGGUUUCCCAAUACGAAUUUGAAAGGUAUUAGAGUUGUAGAAAUUAACGUAGCUGAAAAGAAGUUAACCUUUGGCUUUAACAGUGCAUCAUGUCAAAGUGAUUACUGCAAAGUACAUUAGUGUAAUCAGCUGGUGUAGUAACAUAUUUGAG